AUGGCCAUGUACAUCUUCUUCGGUCUAACAGCUACCAUCGCCUGGUUCCAAUACGACUACAAUGGAGAAGUCCUCUGGUUUCUCUUCCAGCUGUGUCAGAAUCUCAAAAUCUUCUUCGACCCGGAUGUAUGCUCUCUCGGCAAAAAGAAGAAACUCCCCAAUGGCUCGGAGGUCAAGGUCAAUAAACCUUUGAUCGGGUUCAGAGCGUGCGAGAAACAGACGACGAGGUUCGGGGCUGCUCCUGGUGGGACUUUUACCUAG